AAAAAAAAAAAAACAAAAAAAAAGAAAGAAAACUAAAUGGCGCUGCGUCGUUUCCGCCCGGAUGAAUACUCGAUCGGAUGAGUUUCAGCCCUUCCCAUUGAAUUAGCCGCGGCGACAGUCAUGCUGGAUGAAGAACAUGAAAGUCUUCCCUGUGCCCCAGGCGACGAUAUCCUGUAUACACUUGGCUCGAUCGGGGGACAUAAUGUGGUUCUGGUCUGUCUGCCAGCUGGAGAAGUUGGGACCAGCUCUGCCGCCACCGUUGCCAUGCGAAUGAAAUCCAUCUUUCCCUCCAUUCAAUUCGGGCUGAUGGUGGGGAUCGGAGGAGGCGUGCCCACCGCGAGUUCUGACGUGCGGCUGGGCGAUGUCGUGGUGAGUCAACCAGUCAGUCAUCACGGCGGAGUGGUCCAGUAUGACAUGGGCAAAACAACCCCCGACGGCUUUGUUCGCACUGGCUAUCUCAACCGACCGCCUGCUCUCUUAUUGAGCGCUCUGUCCAACGUGCAGGCCCGUCAUUUCCGAGGUAAAAGUACCCUUGCCUCGCAUCUAAACCUGUUUGAUGAUAUCCCGGAGUUCAGCCGGGACGAGGCUGGGGCCGAUCUCCUCUUCCAACCAGCUUAUCACCAUGUCAACGGCGGCUACACAUCGACCUGUCAGUCUUGUCACACAGAUCAGCUCAUCCCCCGGACCCCUAGGAAGAAACAGCCUGUCCGGGUGCACUACGGGACAAUUGCGUCAGGGAACCAAGUCAUGCGUGACGGCGUCACCCGCGAACACAUCAGCACGCAGCUAGGGGGCAUUUUAUGUUUUGAGAUGGAGGCUGCAGGGCUCAUGAAUAGCUUUCCCUGCUUGGUGAUUCGUGGGAUUUGCGACUAUGCCGAUUCCCACAAGGAUAAACGGUGGCAGCCGUAUGCGGCCUCCACAGCGGCUGCAUACGCCCGGGAGAUUCUCUCGGUCAUUCCGGUCCAUUCAGUGGCGAAGAGAACAGCCCACGAAGGAGGGGAUUCUGAUGCCAGGAGAGGAGAAGAGGCUAAGCUGAACUGCCAUCAUAAACCCGCACCGGAUGUGGCCUUUUCAGGAACCAAUAAUUCAAAGAUGCAAAUCGGGAUGAAUUAUGGGACUAUCAGUGGGUUUAGCAUCAGCUGAGACAUUUUUAGAUUCUAUCCCACAAUAUACAGUGAGGCUACUUUGUUCUUUCAGAUAUAGACCAG